AUGCAGGUUCCCCAAGGUGCCUUCUCCAUUUUUCUGGAUUUCAGUUACUGUAAUCCAAGCACCACGCUAGCAGGGGACGUUAAGAGUUGGUUCAACAUGUGUGGAAGUAUUUUCCAGCUGAUGGUGGACAUCAAUGUUCAAGAUUCCCAAAUGAUUGAGAUGCUACUCACAGACUUCCUAAGCAGUCAGAAUAGCUGUCAGCGUGGCGCCUGUCACCCAUCAGUUGGAGACCUGCUUGUGGGACGCAGCCAACAGCUGACCACUUCGUCUACGUGUGGACUGUUUGGCCCUCAGAAGUAUUGCAUUGUUGGGUACCUUGAGGAGAAGAAAAAAUGUUUCACCUGCGAUUCCAGGCACCCCUAUCACCCACUCUCCCAAGCCAACAGUCACUCCAUCGAAAACGUCGUCGCACGUUUGGAACGCGAUUGGAAGAAGUGGUGGCAAUCUGAAAACGGUGUUGACCAUGUCAGUAUUCAGUUGAACUUGGAAAAUAUGUUUCAGUUCAGCCAUCUUAUCCUGACCUUCAAGACAUUUCGUCCUGCCGCCAUGUUGGUGGAACGCUCUGCCGAUUACGGUCAAACUUGGAAAGUGUACAGAUAUUUUGCCCAAAAUUGUGCGGCUUCUUUCCCCGACAUUCCUUCAAAACCAGCCGAAGCGGUUGGGGACCUUGUCUGUGACUCCAAAUAUUCAGAUAUCGAACCGUCAACUGAAGGGGAGGUCAUUUUCAAAGUUCUGGAUCCCACCUUUGAAAUAGAAAAUGUGUAUGAUCCAUACAUCCAAGACCUGGUUGCUUUUACAAAUCUGAGAAUCAACUUUACAAAGCUUCACGUGUUGGGAGACACUUUGCUGGGAGAAAAGAAAGGCAAACUUCUGGAAAAAUACUACUACGCCCUGUAUGAAAUGGUUGUUCGUGGGAGCUGCAUGUGCAACGGCCAUGCCAGAUACUGUGGCCCUGGGGAAAAUCUGCGAGGGGACGUCUUCCACCAGCCUGGGAUGGUGCAGGGAAACUGUCUCUGUGAGCACAACACAGACGGUCUGUCCUGUGAACGAUGCAAAGAUUUCUACAAUGAUGUCCCUUGGAGGCCAGCUGAAGGAUCCCAGGAAAAUGCUUGCCGAAAAUGCGAAUGCAACAGUCAUUCGGAAACUUGCCACUUUGAUAUGGCUGUGUACCUUGCUAACAACCGUACGACUGGCGGAGUUUGUGAAGACUGUCAACAUAACACAACGGGGCAGCACUGUGAGCGAUGCAAGCCUUUCUUUUACCAAGAUCCUCAGAAGGCCAUGACGGAUCCUCACGUGUGUAUCGCUUGUGACUGCGAUCCGGAAGGUGCUCUGCAAAACGGACUGUGCCAGAGUCAUUCCGAUCCUGUCCUCGGAACCAUUGCUGGCCAGUGUCUUUGCAAGCCCAACGUCGAAGGAGGCCAUUGUGGCAAGUGCAAGCCACACUACUAUGGAAUAAAUGGAAGCGAUCCGCUUGGCUGUCAACCCUGCAGGUGUGACUUAUUGGGAAGUUUGCCUUUCUCCAUUUGCAACCCAGAAUCUGGAGAGUGUGUAUGCCAGGAAUUUGUCACCGGACAACGUUGCGAACAUUGUCUUGAAGGAUACUGGGGUCUUGGCAGUCAUGCAUAUGGAUGCUCGCCAUGUGACUGUGACAUUGGUGGUGCCUACAAUAAUUCGUGCGCACCUACCGAUGGACAGUGUGACUGCCGACCUCAUAUAGUAGGCCGUCAUUGCAGUGAUCCAGCUGUAGGCUACUUUUUCUUACCUUUGGAUUAUUAUAUAUAUGAAGCUGAAGAUUCAACACCACUCCUUGGACCUCUGCCCUUGAAUUCGGUUCCAUUCAACAGAAACCCUGCUCUGAAUAUUGUGAUUAAAGAGGUUGUGCCUGGAAAACCUGUGACGUGGUCAGGACUGGGUUUUGUACGUGUGCGACACAAAGCAGGGUUACAUUUUUUGAUCAAUAACAUUCCAUUUCCGAUGAACUUUAAUAUCAUCAUUCGCUAUGAGCCGGAGCCCUUUCUCAUGGACGCUAAUAUUUGCAAUACAGUCCAGUUGCUAUCCACUCCUAUAUGCUUACAGCCAAAGACAGAAUAUUUUGUAGAUGUCUAUUUUACCAAGACUUCGGGUCCUGAACCAAAGUCUCAGUCCUCCAUACUGGUUGAUUCAAUUGGACUCCUUCCUGUCAUCGCUUCUGUGGAAAACCUUUGUGAUCCAAAUGAUUUAGAAGAAUAUCAGCAGUAUCGCUGUGUGGAAAGUGCCUCGGAAAUUGGACCGCAUAUCUUAGCGGAAACAUGCACAAAACUUAUUGCGAGUUUGUCUGCCCGUAUUCACAACGGUGCCAUCCCCUGCAGGUGCCACCCACAAGGUUCCCUAAAUUCUCACUGCACAAAACUUGGAGGCCAGUGCCAAUGCAAAGCGAACGUUGUAGGACGCUGUUGUGAUAAAUGUGCAGCUGGAAGCCACAGCUUCGGGCCUCAAGGUUGCCUUGCAUGUGAAUGUCAUCCUCAAGGGUCAGUCGGCACCCUGUGUGACCAGAUGACUGGACAGUGUCCUUGUCGAUCGGAUGUAGCCGGCCAGCAAUGCAAUCAAUGCCUAGCUGGAUAUUUUGGGUUUCCUCAUUGUCGCCCUUGUGCUUGCAACGGCUUGGCAGAACUUUGCGACUCACAGACGGGAGUGUGUUGGAACUGUACGAGGUUUACCACCGGAUCUAACUGUGAAAGGUGUUUGGAUGGGUAUUAUGGAAAUCCUCUGGAAGGAAAACCUUGUCGUCCUUGCAUGUGCCCAGAUUCCCCAACCAGCAAGGGAUAUUUUGCGCAUUCCUGCUUCCAAGACCCUUGGACCAAACAAUUAGUCUGCAAAUGCUUUGUGGGAUACUCAGGUGACCGCUGUGAUGAGUGCUCCAGUGGGUUCUAUGGGAAUCCAAGGGUAGCCGCAAGUCAAUGCCUUCCUUGUUCCUGCAAUAACAACACGGAUGUGGCAGACCCAAAGUCUUGCAACAAGGACACUGGAGAGUGUUUGAAAUGUUUAUACAACACUCAUGGACCCAACUGCCAAUUCUGUAAACCAGGUUACUUUGGAUCCGCACUUCUGAGGAAUUGUGAAAAAUGUAACUGCAACCUUUCGGGUGUGAAUCCAGCAAAAUGCCCGCCUGGAAGUGACUUUUGCAUCUGUGACCAGACCACGGGCGAGUGCCCUUGCUCACCUCAUGUGACAGGCGAGAAGUGUGACCGAUGUGCUCCUGGCUACUGGAACAUGGUCCAGAGAAGAGGCUGCUGUCCCUGUGGCUGCCAUCCCAAACAUUCCGUAAACAACGUUUGUGAUCAGUUUACAGGUCAGUGUUCGUGUGAAGUAGGUUAUGCCGGAAGACGUUGUGACAUCUGUGCUGAAAAUCAUUAUGGCAUCGAUUGUAUUGAAUGCAAGUGUCACAAGGACGGCACUCUGACUCCUGCUUGUGAUAAAGACACUGGAGUGUGUCACUGCCGCACCGGAGUCUCUGGAGAGCGCUGCGAUCAGUGUGCGCGCAACCGCAAUCAAGCGUUCCCCUCCUGCUCUCGCUGUCACGUUUGCUUUGAUCGGUGGGAUACUAUCAUGAAUUCUUUGUCUCGGAGAAUCCAGAAAUUAUUGAAAUUCGCGGGAACGCUAGCGGAGAAGAGGAAAGCAGCGCCGGGCUGCGAUUUCAACUUUAAAGGCUAUGAAAAGAAAAUGUCUGACCUAGGAAAGGUCUUGAAAAGGCCUUUUCUGUCGUCCGAGGCGCUCUUGAAUAUUAAAAAAGUCCAGGACAAUAUUAGACGAAGAAUUUCUCACAUGUUUCUGCAACCUGGCCCUCUGGAUCAGUUUCCUGAUCUCCACCGUAUAAUUGAAAACCUACACAAAGAUGUUGACAAUCUUUCUGAAACCCUGCAGAAGAGAAAAGAUCUGCCUUGUGGGAUGACUUACCUGCAAUUCCAGGAUUUUUUCAACAAAAUAAAGAAUGAUUAUCGAAUAACGUUGGCUGCUGAGAAGAGAAUCCAGGGAACCAAAUCCGUCAUAGCUUACGGAGGAAACACAAGGGGCAAGGUGUUUGCCCUCCUGAACGAUCUGGAUGUAAAGGAAAACAUUACGUUGGACCAACUGAGGACGUUCACAGUUUCAGAAAUCGAAGAUCUAAAUGAAAAAGUGUGUGGGAUGCCAGGAAACGUGUCGUGUGCCAUGGCAGAGUGUGGCGGGGCUUUGUGUCGUGAUAGGCAGGGCAACAAACAUUGUGGCGGUCCAAAUUGUGAUGGGGCGUACCCUCUUUCUAUCAAUGCCUUUAGAAAGGCCGAGCGUGCGGACCUGUUGUUAAGUAACCUAAUCAAUCAGACGCAAGGAUUUCAGAAUAAGAUCAAAAGUAUUAGGAAAAUGACUGAAGACACUAAGGAGAAAACAUUGGAGAUACAGGGAAAACUGGAGAAAAGCAAAUAUCAAAUUGAAAAGGAAAGAGAAAGCAUGAAAGACCUUAUCAAGAGACUGAGGAACUUUUUGCUGGAGGAAAGUGCCCCACCUGAGGAUAUAGAAAAAGUUGCAAAUUAUGUUCUGGGCAUCAAGAUGCACAAGGGGCCUCAGGAACUGCCAGACCUGCUCAGCAACCUCCAGAGUCUCGUGACACAAUGUGAGGACAGCACGGAAUAUAUCAGAAACUUAAAGAAACCCAAAGAAGAGGCAGAAAAGCUUUUGAAGAAAGCCAAAGAAGCUGAGGAGAGAACGAAAGCUCUCACUGCACCUGACGAAAUAAUAACCAACUUGAAAGAAGUCGAAGACACUCAGAGACAAACCCAAGAUGCCUUGGCAGCUUCAAAUGAGAAAAUAGAAGAAGCUGUGUCAAAUAUUUCAGAGGCUGAGAACCAAAUGAGCAAGGCUGCCACCGGGUUGCAGGCUUUUCCAGAAAAACAGUCCAAGCUGACAGAGGAAAUAAGUUCCCUGAAGACCAAAAUGGAGACGAACAGAAUCCAAGCCACAGAUGCCAGAUCAAAAGCCAAAGAAGGCCAAAAUCAAGCGGCAGAAAGUAAUAAGGAAUUUGCUCAUCUUAAACACGAAUACACCAACUUGCAAGGCAAAUUUCUGACCAGCGGAUUUACGUUAGAAAUCUUGCAGAAACUCAGCUGGUUGAAAAAAGAGGCAGAAGAACUAGCCAAUGAGACCGCACAGAAAGCAAAAAGAAUCACCGCUCUAGAAAAGAAGAUACAAGAUCUGAACCAGAUCAAACAGCAAAAAGCUGAUCAGCUGAAGCAACUGGAGGAUCACGUCCUAGCUAUUAAAAAUGAGAUCGCUGAGGAAUCAAACAGAUAUGCUGUUUGUAAAAGCUAGACGCAAAGAAGGCGAAAACACGUGGGAAUCGCUAAAUGGUAAAUGGUUUGUAGUAAUGACGAGCAUUGGAUAAGCUACAUAGUUAUUAUAAUACAAAGGUGAUGCAGUAUA